UACGUCAAUUGUAAAAUUGUUCGCGCCCUACAUAUCGCCAGCGUGUCUAGACUAAUUCUUUGUUGGGGAGAUAAAAACGGCAAUAAAAUCAAUCGAACAUCACAGCGGCCCUAGUACCUACAUAAUUAAUUACUCGACAUCCUAUUAUAACUGAGACUCGUGCGUCAAUCGCGUUUAACAAAAUAACAGAAGUUUGAUAACGUCGUAACCCCUCUUAUCGGCAUAUCCCGGAACGUCUGCGAACUAGAACCAAUGCGGAUCUAUUAGGUGAAGAUACGUUCCAGCAGAGGUUGUGUCCAGUGCAUAAUGAACUAGGUAUAUAAACAAGGGACGCCUUGAAAUUAUUUCAUUACACAUCCAACUGGACAAUUAGCAGGACUCUACACUGCACAGUAUCAAUUACAAAUACAGAAACGAACGAUUGAUAAAGUACAGUGACACGUGGGUCAUAUUACGGUUUCACGUUACACUGUUUACCGAAAGUUGGUCGCGUCUACUUACGUGUGUAAAAAUGUUCAACAAAACGAGUGCUACGUUAAUGCUGCAAACUAUUAUUGUGCUGAUGGAUAAACAGAACUCGACCACUUUUCCUACUUAUGAGGACGCAGAGCUGGAGCGGUGCUACCCACCAUACGGAUGUUUCUCGAAAGCUUAUCCUUGGACCGAACAUCGCCCUGAUAACUACUUCCCCGUUUCGCCGGAGACUUUGGGCGUGCGAUACGCAGUGUUUACACGAAGAAACCGCAAGAUCCCAGUACUGUUGCAGUCAAAGGAUGUAGAAAAGAUUCGGAACGCCAAUCUUGAUCCCCGAGGGCCUUUCUAUUUCAUCUCGCACGGAUUUUUGGAAGGCGGUCAUAAACUUUGGAUUCAAAACUUGGCGGAUGCGCUUUUAAACCAAAAAGGGAACGAUGCAGCCACUGUCGUGGUUGUAGAUUGGCGCAGAGGAUCUCAGCCGCCGUAUGGGCAAGCGGUCGCCAAUAUAAGGCUUGUUGGUGCUACGACUGCUUAUUUGAUACGUACUAUCUACGAAGUGUUACAGUUGCCAAACUUAGAUAAUUUCCACUACAUCGGGCAUUCCUUAGGAGCGCAUCUAGGAGGCUAUUGUGGGCACGCUUUACAAAAAAAUUACAACCUAAAAUUAGGUCGCAUUACCGGUCUGGACCCCGCGGCUCCGUACUUUAGCAAUACGGUGACGCUGGUUCGCUUGGACAAGUCUGACGCCCAGUUUGUCGACAUCAUUCACAGCAAUGCUAUGCCGUUAUAUCUCUCAGGUUUCGGUAUAUCAGAACCGAUCGGUCACAUAGAUUUCUUCCCAAACGGCGGUUCGACUCAGCCGGGCUGCAAGAGAGGAGGGCAGGAGGACGACAUGUAUAGGAAGGUGGUGCAAUUUGUCAGCUGCGACCAUGAACGCAGCUACGAACUGUUCACCGAGAGUGUAGCUCCUACGUGCCCUUUCAUGGCCAUCCAGUGUAAAUCUUAUGAGGCAUUUUUAGAGGGCAACUGCACAACCUGCGAUAGCAAACAUCUUUGCAUACCAAUGGGUUUGCACUCGCACACUGUGUACAAGCGCUUGCAGUCCAGCAGCAUGGUCGAUUCCAACUCUAACAUUGUUCUCUACUCAACGACUGGCAGCUCCAAACCGUUUUGUAGAGUACAUUACGAGGUUACUAUAAAGAUAUCGAACUCAUCGGAGAGCAUACGCCACGGCCCGGAUGUGGGGAGGAUAUCGCUGACUCUCGUCGAUAGGAAUAAUAACAAGAGCGAUCACAAGUUGAUCAAUGAAGAACAAAAAUACUAUAGGCCCGGGGAUGUUGAGACCAAGUUGUUAGCCUUCAAAGAUACCGGUCAUCCGCCCAUUUCCGUGAUUGUUGAGUGGAAAUAUGAAGCCAACCUGCUUAACCCAAUGACUUGGCGACUGCUGCAGUCCUCCAGUGUAUAUAUCGAAUACUUGAAGAUAUCAUCGCUUGAAUACAACACUGUCAUCACCGUGUGUCCGAAAUUCAAAAAACCGGUUGUCACAAAACUAAAGACUAUAAUGAAAACAAGUUACUGCACAACAUGAUACCGAGAACGAAGGAUUUUGAGAAAAUGUUUCACAAUGCAAGGAAUUUUCUGUUAAACAUGGAAAAUUCAAAGUAUUCCAGUAGUAUUGUUAUUUAGGAUUUAUUAUUAAGAUACUUAUUAUUUUGUUACAUUAAUUAAUAUGUUAAUGUUAAAUAAUGUGUAAGUGCAGUAAUUAAAUUACAAUGUAAUAAAAAUGCCUUUGUUAUGUAAUUUAGUAAUAAUUGAAAAAAUAAAAUACAUUAUUGAAUAUU